AUGGCACAAGAAUUUCCGACUCUAAAAAACGACCUACUCCUCCGCGCAGCUCGCGGCGAGCAGACAGAACGCGCACCUGUAUGGGUCAUGCGCCAAGCAGGGAGAUAUCUCCCAGAGUUCCGAAAAACCCGUGAAACCCAUGAGUUCUUCGAGAUAUGCCGCUCGCCUACUCUCGCAACUGAGAUCACCAUGCAGCCCAUCCGGCGGUACGCCGGCCUUCUCGAUGCAGCUAUCAUCUUCUCCGACAUUCUCGUCGUGCCGCAAGCCAUGGGUAUGGAAUUGCCUCGCGAAGUAGAUGUAGAGAAAGAGCUCGGAUAUGUGUUCGAGGCGCUCACCCUCACGCGUAAGACCCUUGCAGGGCAGGUUCCCCUCAUCGGCUUCAGUGGGGCCCCAUGGACACUUAUGAUGUACAUGAUCGAGGGCGGCGGAAGUCAGACGCCUUCAAAACAGCUGCUUGAGCGCACCACGGACAUCUGCGUGCAGUAUCUCAUCGGGCAGGUGAACGCCGGCGCACAGCUUCUGCAGGUAUUCGAUUCGAAUGCUGGAGAUCUGUCGCCGCACGACUUUUCUACGUUCUCUCUGCCUUAUCUAAAACGUAUUGCGGACGAAGUCCGUGAGGGACUCAAGGCACGACAACUUCCUGUUGUCCCUCUCACCUUGUUUGCAAAAGGCGCAUCCCCAUCCCUCGCUGCAAGCGCAGGAUAUGAUACCAUCGGCCUCGACUGGACGCUUGACCCUCGGGAUGUCGCCAAGCUCACCGAUGGUAUCAUUGACGGUAGAACCAUCACUCUACAAGGCAACCUCGACCCCGUGGUGCUUUAUGGCGGCAGGGAUGCCAUUGAGCGUGAGGUGAAGAGGAUGUGCAAUAUGUUCCAUGACUACUAGGGGCGGUGCAUGCAAAGCAUGGAUUGCAAAUUUGGGUACAUGGUAUCACACCGGGGGUUGAUCCAGAAGACAUGAAGUUUUUCCUGGAGUGUGUUCACAAGUACUCGGCAGUGCCGUGAGAGGGGCAAAAGAAGUUGUAAUUAUACCAAGGGAUCCUUCAUUUCACGCCGCCAACAGGCAGGUCGUUGCGGACGA